AUGGGUGCCAGCGACUCCAAGCUCGUCUUCAAGCAGGGCAUAUUCAAGCUCUCCGAGGAGCGCAGCAUUCCAGCCGAUGACUCUUACUGGACAUCGUUCUGGGAGCUCCCCGAAUCCGCCGAAGACAUCUUCAGCCUCUUCUCCCCAGCCGACGUUCGAAGAACCCGAGAUAAGGCCCUCGAGAACCUCGAGACGUUGAUACUAGCCACGACCUCCCGAUUAUUCAUACUACGUCACCACCCGUCCUUUCCCGACCCGGACCUGGCUCCGGAGCGCGAUGCCUUGAACUGCAUCCGCAUCUUGACGCGCAUCCUGCCCUUCCUCUACGAAAAAGAUACCCUCGGCUCCUGGGAGGAGCGCUUCUUCUGGGCCGGUCGCAGGAAGAGGACACGCAAGGCCACCAUCUCCAACGAGGUGCUGUUCGACGAGUCCAAGCCCCAGCCGAGAGAAUCGGGCACCGAGUACGAGUACGCCAAGCCGCUCGCUGAGGAGCUCAUAGACACCCUCGUCGACCUGCUCUUCCACUCGGAGCUGACCCUGCCGCCUCAGCAGCGUGGACGGCCCAAGGUCAACUAUGCCAUCUGGCAGAGCGGAGUCGGAUGCAACACGACCGUUGCCACCACCAAGGAGUACGAGAGGAACAGGAGCGAGAUCAUGCGCCUGCUCCUCACUCUCGCCGGCCAGAGCAUGUACAUGACGCAGGGCGUCUUGCCUUCCAGGGGCGUCCGAUCUCUGACCUACCUCUGCACCUGCCAGGAUAAGCAGGUUGUCCUGUCGGUUCUGUGCUCUCUGCUCAACACGGCUCUCAAGUACAACCCGGCAACGUGGCGGGUGCCCUACAACUCGCUCGUUUCCAAGGAUGCCAAGCACAUACUCGUCACCUACUCUCUUCAGCUCCUCUUGACCCUCGUCCUGUACCCCAUCCCAGAGACCCAGGGCGGCGCAACUCCGAAGAACGUCUACCGCCACUUCCUCGGCCGCGUCCACCGCCCGCAAGAUUUCCAGUUCAUCGUGGACGGCAUGACGCGCAUCCUGAACCAGCCCCUGCAGGAGAAGGCAUCCUACCUGCCGGGGACGCAGUCAUCCGGGAGCUUCACCCCCGAGACCAUGAUGCUGUUCUGGGAGAUUACGCAGUGCAACAAGAGGUUCCGUGCCUACAUCAUCGACACGGGAUGCGUCCACGACUUUGUCGUCCUGGCCCUGUUCUACGCCUUGGAGUACAAGAAUGACUUGGCCAAGCAGGGGAUCGUCCGCAUGUGUGCCUUUGUGCUGCAGACGCUGAGCGUCGAGCCCACCUUUGGCACCAGCCUGAACAAGUCGUUUGAGGGUCAGCAGAGCCUGCCCCCGUCCAUCAGGAUCAACACCUUCUACGGCACAUACGCAGACUUUCUGAUACAGUCCAUCUAUACCCUCAUCACCACCAGCCAGGGAAAGCUCUCGGCAAUCUACCCGGCGCUCCUGGCCGUCAUCAACAACACGGCCCCAUACUUGGAAGGCCUCAGCGCGGCCAGCAGUGCUCGCCUCUUGCAGCUGUUCUCCUCCAUGUCAUCCCCUUCCUUCCUCCUCGCCAACGAGACCAACCACACCCUCCUCCACUCCCUUCUCGAGUCCAUCAACGCCGUCAUCGAGCACAAGUACAGGAAAAACCCCGAGCUCGUCAUUGCCCUUGUGAGGCACAAGAAACGCAUCGAGGCCCUCAGAUCCUUCACGCUGGAGAGCGGGCAGGAGGAGAUGGAGCGCAGGCAGCGCAUGCGCAAGGACUCGGGCGCAUCGUUCGACCCUCUCGAUCCCGGGUCGCUGCGCAGCUCGGCGGAGAGCACGAGAAGCCCUUCCAGCGCGCCGGCUCACGCCCAGACACUGGAGGAAGUCCCCGAAGACGGAGCCUUCUCCAUCGGCGAAGACGAGGACGACAGCGACGACGACGGCGACAGCCGGCCUACCCCGGCGCAGUCUACGAUGAGCGAUAGGCAGUCGCAGGAUUCGACGGUGCAGGCGGCGGACGACGGGGUCCCCGUGCAGCUCCGCGGCAUGUCGGAGAAGGCCCGGGGCAAAAUGCCGGCAAACGCAAGGUCGUUUUCGCGCCAGAACAGCACGACCAGCCUGUCGACGUACUCCGUCUCCGGUCAGGCCCCCGGCGGUGGGGCCUUCGAGCCUACGACGCAGUGGAUCGACUCGUGGCUGCCCGAGCUGCCCCUCCACGCGGCCCUGGUCGUGAUCCAGCAGGUAUCGCCCGUCAUCCCCAGGCACGCUCUGGCGCGGUCGCAGGACCCCGCAAGCCCGGAGACCCUGCGCCGCAUCCGCCAGACGGAGCUGCAUGGCGUGGAACCGUCGGCUGUGCGCGUACACUCGUUUGAGUGGUCCCCCCUGGCGCUGGGCUGGUACGAGUCCCUGCUGUGGGGUAUCGUCUUCACAAGUGAGAUGCAGGUCGCCAAGGGCAACAUGGGCGUCUGGAACGGCACGGCCAUCAAGCUGUUCCGCGUACAGGAGACGAGUCCCGCGGGUCCGACACUGUCGUCACCCAGGGGCGCUGUGGACGCGGUGGGGAACAACAUCGUCUCGCGCAUCGGGCAGAUCAACCUAAGGGGACAGACCAGCCCUUCCCAGCAGCCUUCGAGCCCUGCACCGUAA